AUGGAGGCGGCGGAAGGCGGGUUGACGGCGUACGAGCGCCUGCGGCAGCAGAUCCAGGAGCGCAAUGCGGCCAAGCUCCGCCAGCUCGGCGUCACCGCGUCCGCGGAAGACCUCACCACCGCGAUCGCCGCCAAAAAGCGCGCCGCCCCAACCCGUCACAAGCCCCACCCCGCGGAACCGCAACAGCCCGUGCGCCGAUCACUCCGCAAUCGCGGCAUGGCUCCAGAAAACGCUCCCGCCGAUGGCGAGGGUGGCGGGGUGACUGUCUCCGCCAGCGCUGGCGCUCCCAUCGCGGAGGAGGUUGCACCGAAAGGGCAUCUGGUCGCGCGGAGUUUGAACCGCGAGGCGGAAGAGGACGCGGCGCUCAUGCGCGUGUUGCGCGCGCGCAUGGUCCCGCGAGGCUUUGCGCUAGAGACAGAGGAGGAGACGCUGACCAAGGAGCGCAUCCACAACGUCAUCAUGCUGCCCUUCCGGUAUGCUGCCCUUCCGGUUUUCUGCCCUUCCGCAGUUACUCCUCUCGUGAAGCUGCCCCAUGCCCGUGCAUCCAACUCUGCGUACUUCUCCCCCGAUGGAGCCUUCCUUGUCUCCACCAGUUACGAUGACACCAUUCGCCUGUGGACCAGGGAUCAGUGGAAACAAGCCGUUCUGGCACCCUCCAAGUCCACUCCCGCAAACCCCAAGCCGCACAUAUCAAGGAAGCACAACAACCAGACAGGCCGAUGGGUCUCGUCCUUCAGAGCUGUGUUUACGAGUGACAGUGAGCACAUGGUGGUGGGAGGCAUGGGUCGCUCUCUCGAUAUCCUCUCUGCUACCUCCAACACAUGGCUGCCUGCUCUCACCAGCCCAGACCACAUGACAUCCAUUCCUGCUCGCCUUGCCACACACCCCUCCCUGCCCAUCAUUGCUGGUGGUAGCGCCAGUGGCCGUGUCUUUGUGUGGCGCCCUGCUGCUGCUGCUGCUGCUGCUGCUGCUGCUGCUGCUGCUGCUGCUGCUGCUGCUACUCAUGGUGCUGCUGCUGGUGAUGGUAAUGAUGGUGGUGACGAUGAUGGUGAUGAUGAUGAUGUGGUUCAUGUCGCUGAUGCUGCUGAUGGGGCGUGA